AUGGAUCUUUCCGUUCCCGGGCAGGAUCUUUCCGUUUAUCAGCAGGUGUGUGAACGUUUUUUGAAUUUAAAGCUGCUUGCGCAGAAUGCCUGCACCAGCCCCGAGCGGCUAGAUCUCUGCAAACAAUUGGUGAGGGACGAUAUUUCCACGCGCAGACUGAGUCGAGUGCAAAACAUGGGCGAUCUGCUGCUGUUGCUUGAGAAGCGCAAUCUUCUCAGUCCCACUAUUCCGGAACCUAUCGGACGCUGGAAGCAAGCUCUGGAUUCACAGGAGCUUUCCGACGCCCUAACCGAGUACCUCCAGAUCAUCGAUUUGCAACGUGCCACGAUAAGGCGAUUCUUUUUAGAGGCUCUGCGUCGUCGUGACCGUCGAACAUUAGUCGAGAAGGAAGUAGAAAAGAUUAAACUCCAUAAUAGUAAUGGCUCAACGACGCCCGAAACCGUUGGAUUCCUGCAACAGCGGGAUGAUAUUUACGCCCUGCUCCAGAAAGAAAUCGGAAAGCAGUGGAACGCGUUGGGUAGAUCACUAAAACUGUCACAAACCGAGCUGCACGAAAUAGAAAUGAAAUACCAAAACGACCUUAAAGCACGAAUCUGGGCAGUAUUAGAACAUGCCGAGCACGAAUUCAGGGAGGAAUUUGUAGAAAACUUGAAAGAUGCACUGUCAAAGUGUCGAAGAAAUGAUUUGAAACGGAAACUUGAAAAAAUGUUAACAUAAAUCGUUUAAUGUAUUGAUAGUUAAUAAGUUUUACGUUGGACUAAUUCCUGCAGGGUCUUUUAUCAGAACGGCCCAACUUGUGGAUUCGUUCACUAAGUUUAGUUAGUUAAAUGUUAUAAUCUAAGGUUUUUUGUUCUUAAAGGAACGGACU